AUGCAGAGCUGCAGCUACCCUCUGUGACGGGUCAUUCCUGUAAACAUUUUGUGAACAUGGUACUUCUCUAGUGCCUGACACACGGCGCGACCAUGUCCUGUCUGGGCCAGCGUCUGUCGUUCCACACCUGAUGCCAACACAGCAGUCAAACUACAACUCCUACAGGCUGGAGUGUAUGUGGAGGAUGGGGAACAUGAUGAGAGGACUCACAGCCACGGACAAGAUCAACACUCAAAACCUCGACGGCUCUCAAAAGAGCUUAGAGGACGACACGGUGGUGGUGGUUCAAGACUACCCGUCUCCUGACAUCAGUGCGCCCAUUUACAGAAUGGGGGAGAAACUCAGAGUCCUCGCACAGGAGGCUUAUUGGUUGAGAGUUUGCUCCGUCCAAACAGGGAAGGAAAACUACAUACCCAAUAGUCAUGUGGCAAAAGUCUACCAUGGUUGGCUGUUUGAAAGGGUGGAGAGGCAAAAAGCCGAGGAGCUGCUGCUUCUCCCCGUGAACAGAGUGGGAUCCUUUCUAGUGCGGGAGAGCACCAGUGAGAGAGGCACGUAUUCACUCUCGGUGAAGCACAGGAGCAUAAAGCACUAUCGUAUCUCCAGACUGGACAACAGCUGGUACUACAUCUCGCCCCGUCUCACUUUCCAGUGCCUUGAGGAUAUGAUCAACCACUACUCUGACACAGCAGACGGCCUGUGUUGUGUCUUAACCACUCCUUGUCUGUCGGGCACAACCCCACAGUCGGACGUAGCUCCGCCUGUCGUCAUGCGCCACAACUUUGACUGGAGGAAAGUCGACAGGCGGCAGCUGGUCAGCACGGACAGCUGCGGUGACAACAUGGUGAGCUACGGAGUCAGAAACAGCAUCGCCGCCUACCUGUCCUUCUCUGAGAGUCAGGACUCCGCACAGAAACGGGCAAAGAGCAGGAAGGCCAAGAGUAAAUCUGUGUACACUGUCCCUGAAAACGGCCUGGGAGUUAUGCACUAUGAAGACGACAUGUAGAGGGACUUCCUUCUUUGAAACCUACACUUCCUUUCCAACAUCAACAGAGGGGCUGUGCUGAUAUCUGAACUGCUACAUAUGCUAAACCAACCCACACACCAAAAUGAAAAUGACAUAAUCAUUUACACUUUGACUCAGGUGACAAUUAAGACUGUGACGUUGAACUGGACAAUGGUGCGUUUGAAAUGUUGCGAGGGUGUUCCAGAUGUGAACUGGAAGUGGAAGAAUGUUGUGAAUGUAAAAAGAGGACUUUAUUAUUUGCUAAUAAUAAUUAUGUGUAUAUAAACUGAUGUGAAUAUUAGUCACUUUCAAACUAUCAACCUUUUUUCAAUCAGUGUUGUUAAUAAACACCAGCGUAAACUUGG